AGCCUGCUCGAGGUUGAUAAGAAGUCCUGCUUCACCCUUAGAAGAUAAAGGUUGGCUCCUGCUCUUAGGGCCAAUGUGCUCAGAAGGGUACAAGCUGAGGAAGCGGGCAGUUCUGGCUCAUGAGACGGUUUGAGGAGACCCAGAGCCCACGGGGCCCCUGGCCUACAGCGUCUUGGUCAAGAAAAUGGAACCUCUCCCAGGAUGGGGGUCAUCACCCUGGAGCCAGGCCCUUACAGACAACUCCUUCAGGCUGGUGUUGUGCGUCUUCCUUUUGAACUUGCUGCAGCACAUCUCUGCCCUGCCCUCAUGCAGACAGGAGGAGUUCUCUGUGGGGGACGAGUGCUGCCCCAUGUGCAACCCAGGUUACCACGUGAAGCAGGUCUGCAGUGAGCAUACAGGCACAGUGUGUGCCCCCUGUCCCCCACAGACAUAUACUGCCCAUGCAAACGGUCUGAGCAAGUGUCUGCCCUGCGGAGUCUGUGAUCCAGACAUGGGCCUGCUGACCUGGCAGGAGUGCUCCCGCUGGAAGGACACUGUGUGCAGAUGCAUCCCAGGCUACUUCUGUGAGACACAGGAUGGGGAGCACUGCUCCUCCACGUGCUCCCCACACAAUGCCUGUGCUCCAGGACAGCGGGUACAGAAGAGAGGUACUUACAGCCAGGACACUGUAUGUGCUGAAUGCCUGACAGGGACCUUCUCACUUGGAGGGACUCAGGAGGAAUGCCUGCCCUGGACCAAGUGUGGUGCAUUUCAACAGGAAGUAACACGUGGGACCAGCAGCACAGACACCACCUGCUCCUUCUGGGUCUUCUACUCUGUCAUCUUUUUGGUACUGAUGGCGAUCGUUGGAAUAGGUGUAUUCCUCUUCCUCAAGCGAAGACUUCGGCAUACCAGCCCAGUGGCCACGGAGCUGGAACCUUUCCAGCAGGAGCAACAAGAGAACACUAUCAGGUUUCCAGUCACCGAGGUUGGGCUUGCUGUGACCGAGGAGGAGACAGCCUCCAACUGCACACAAUCUGGGUGAUGAGACACCUAGGAGACCUUGGUGGGAAGCUUCCAUAUGCCAGGCGGGCAUGGCAGAUGCCCUGGGCUGCUUCAGCAUCACAAAGCAGUGGAGAUGUGGUCAUGGCUCAGGGUCUAGGAGAUGCUUUGUCAUUCUGAGUGUUAAACAGGGUCAUCUGCUCCCAUCCAAACGCUAAGAGGUGGUGAUCGACGCGUCUGUAUCAAUGACAGCUCUUUCAGUCAGCCAAUAACCUCUGCCUGUCCUGGAAAUAUUAAGCUUAUCCAGAGGACUGCUGAACACGGCCUCCUGGGCCUGGGGUGCAUGUGAUAAGACAUGGCAUUAGUGGAUUUUAUUUUGAAGUUUCUGAGCCUGGAAUCUUGCCUGGACUGCAUUCUCAAGAUUCUUUCUGUUUUUACUUUGAGGCAAAGCCACAUUCUCUAGGCUAACUAUGGACUCCUUCUGUAUCUUGGGUGAGCCUCAAAUUUGACGCUUCUACCUCCACUUUCCAAAUAACACUGUGAUUUUACUUGCAUGAUUCUCCAGACUGGGGUGAGAGGCACGAGUGGUUUCUAUUCAUUCUCUCUCUCUCUCUCUCUCUCUCUCUCUCUCUCUCUCUCUCUCUCUCUCUCUCUCUCUCUCCCUCCCUCCUUCUCUCCCUCCCUCCCUCUCUCUCUCUCUCCCUCCUUCCCUCCUUCUCUCCCUCCCUCCCUCCUCCUCCCUCUCUCUCCUGUGUGUGUGUGUGUGUGUGUGUGUUUUAUCCCCUUUUUCUGCCAGCCCCAGAUAAACAAGUUUUACUCUCUCACUGUUUCACCAGACCCAGAGAGUUUUUUGCAGGCCCCAGAGAACCAGGUUUUACACACUCAGAGAAAAGUCUGCUGAGGGAUUGCUUGAUCGCUGAUCUCUUCUCAGUGUACCUGACUAGUUGAAGCUGACCUUCAACACUUGUUCCUUAGUAGCUAGCUAUCUGAAGCUAGCCUGGGGCUUACCAGUUCAGCUAGUUUGGCCUACCACUGAGCCCUGAGCCCUGGGUAUCCCCUUGGCUCUGUCUUCUCAGUGUUGGGAUUAAGGCACACAGGACUGUCAAACUUUUAAAGUAGAUUCUGGGGAUGAACUGAGUUUCAAGAAUGCAGGGCCUUUUUGUUGUUGUUGUUGUUUGUUUGUUUGUUUGUUUUGUUUUUUCAAUACAAGGUUUCUCUGUAUAGCCCUGGCUGUUCUGGAACUCACUCUGUAGACCAGGCUGACCUUGAACUCAGAAAUCUGCCUGCCUCUGCCUCCCAAGUGCUGGGAUUAAAGGCAUGCACCACCACCACCUGGCAAGAACACAGAGCUUUAUGCACUGGAGCAUGCACUAUAGUGAAUGAAUUUCUAAGUUAUUCUCUACUUAUCAUAGGAAAUAAAUAUUUUUGUUACA